UGGCUGUCACAUGGAGGAUGGAGCAAGCUUGUUUCCUCCUGCUCUGGAAGGUGCCAGGGGCCUUCCGAGAGGCUGCUGUGACCUUCGCUGGAAAUGUGGAGGCAUCGCCGGAAACAACCCAGAGGCAGCUUGGUGGGGAGUUCAAGCGGGGAAAUGAGGGGGUCUCCAGCGUGCUGGGUAAGGGCUCACCCCCCGCCGUGAAUUGUCGUUUCAAACGCGCCAGCAUAUACAACAGGGAGAACACACUUUCCAGGAAGGGAAACUCCCAGUGGCUGAAAACUGAAAAAGCGAAACUUAAGGGACUCUUCAGCACGAGGGAGCCAUGGCUGCUGCAGGGGGUCACAUCCAGCGUCUCCGUGAUGAAGCCACUUGCCCCAUCUGCCGAGAUUACUUCAAGGAUCCAGUGACCAUCCCAGAGUGUGGGCACAACUUCUGCCGAUCCUGCUUGGCCCAGUGCUGGGGGGAAUCGAAGGCAGAGGCUUCCUGCCCUCAGUGCAGGGAAAGAGUCCACAGAAGGAGCCUCAUCCCCAACCGGCAACUGGCUAAUGUGGUGGAAAUAGCCAAGAAUCUCGGCCUUCAAGAGGGAAAGGAGGAAGGAGGGAAAGGGAGAAUCUGCGAGAAGCACCAGGAGCCCCUGAAGCUCUUCUGCAAAGUUCAUGAAGCCCCCAUCUGCCUGGUGUGUAACAGAUCCAAGGAACAUGAAAAUCACAAGGUGAUUCCUCUGGAGGAGGCUUCCGAGGAAUACAAGGGAGAGAUCUGUCACCGCCUGGAGAUUCUGAGGAAAGAGAGAGGAAAUUCUGGCCUAUCGAGCAGAUCUGGACAAGGAAAGCAAAGACCUCCUGCAAGAGCAAAUUAGGUAAUGUUACGGAAAAAUCCCGGGUGCGGAGUUGUCCUGUCACCCAGCUCGUCGGACAAAGUCCGCGGGUCCUAGCGGAGAAAAUAAGCUCAGCCGGACGCAGGA